UUUCGAAAGUUCAAUUUGGUGCUGCAAAUCCCACCGUUCUGUCGCAUUUAUUACUGCUUUGGUUCUCCCGAGGGAGGGAUCCGUAACUCUGCUUCCCCCCGCGACGGGAGCCAGAAAGAAGAGAACAGGGGUCGCAAGGCGCCUCCUUUCGUUUCUUUGGUGAUGGAAUCGGACAACAUCGAGUGCAUCUCGGUGUCGGACGCGACGGUGGUGGACGAUGAGGAGGUCGCCCAUGUGCCCCACCCCUUCCUGAAGCCACACGGCGAUGGAAGCGGGACUGUCGCCGGCGGCGGCCGGUCGCCCGUGAUGAGCCCUGCGACCAGGGUGCAUGAGUUGCUGGAGUGCCCCGUCUGCACCAACUCGAUGUACCCCCCGAUCCAUCAGUGCCAUAAUGGACACACUCUAUGUUCAGCUUGUAAAUCAAGGGUGCAUAAUCGUUGCCCCACAUGUAGGCAAGAGCUUGGAGACAUCAGAUGUUUGGCAUUGGAAAAAGUUGCCGAGUCACUCGAGCUCCCUUGUCGGUAUUUCUCAUUGGGUUGCCCUGAAAUCUUCCCAUACUACAGCAAGCUCCAGCAUGAAGCUUGGUGUAAUUUUAGACCAUACAACUGCCCAUAUGCGGGUUCUGAAUGCUCUGUUGUCGGGGAUAUUCCUUUUCUCGUGGCACAUCUGAGGGAUGAUCACAAGGUAGAUAUGCACAUUGGUUCCACAUUCAACCAUAGAUACGUGAAGUCCAAUCCUAGAGAGGUAGAAAAUGCCACCUGGAUGCUGACUGUGUUUCAUUGUUAUGGGCAGUAUUUCUGUCUCCAUUUUGAGGCUUUUCAGCUUGGGGUGGCACCAGUAUACAUGACCUUCCUCCGUUUCAUGGGUGACGAGACUGAAGCAAGGCACUAUAGCUACAGCCUCGAGGUUGGUUCGAGUGGCAGGAAACUAAUAUGGGAAGGUACCCCUCGCAGCAUUCGUGACAGCCACCGGAAAGUUCGAGACAGUCAUGAUGGUCUAAUAAUUCAGAGGAAUAUGGCACUCUUCUUCUCUGGCGGAGAUAGGAAGGAGCUGAAACUGCGGGUUACCGGUCGCAUAUGGAAGGAACAGCAGAAUACAGACCCUGCAGCGUGCAUUCCAAAUCCCUGUAGCUCAUAAUACUUGUGUCUGUACCCUUUGGAUUGUGUUCGAGACACCGUAUUGUUGAUAUUUGGUGCUUUCUGACUGUUCAGUCAAAUCGUCAAUCGAGAUGGGACUAUGUAAAGUGUGGAGAAAAUACUUGUGUUAUUCGUCCCACGACUAAAUUUUUGGUGUCCUUAGAUGUAGCAAAUAUGCGUCUUUAAUCUUUAGCCGGUGCACAUUACAAGAUCAUGCAGCUUGUAAAUUUUUCAUUGUAUCGUGGAUCAUGAUCUUUUGACUUUU